AUGCAGCCCCGCGUGCUGCCGACCAAAGGUCGCAGGUGCUGAGAUAGGCGCUUGUCUUUUGGGUGGAGCGUCUUGCUCGGCCCCCGGGUGGUCACGCACACGCGCGCGCGCACACUUGCAGGUAAAAAGCUGUCAGUCCUGCGCGAUAGCAGGCCAAGUCGGAAAAAAAUAAAAACCCUCCCACGUUACCGCGGGCGAUCGUCAUUGAGUUCAAAGGACACAAGCCCUGCCCUUGAGUCUGCCCGCGAGAGCGGACCAGCUUGUCUUUAUCAGGUGAAGGUUCUGCUGGGAGUCGGCCACUGCAGCCUCCGUCCGCCUGGGAAACACGUCCCUCUUCUUCGUCUUCUUCUUCUUCUUCUUCUUCUUCUUCUUCCACUGGAGCACCACCCACAGCCAAGAUGCCCAAAACAGUCAACGUUCGCGUCACCACGAUGGACGCGGAGCUGGAGUUCUCCUUCCACCCCAACACCACAGGGAAGCAGCUCUUUGACCAGGUUGCCAGGACCAUCGGACUGCGUGAGAUAUGGUACUUUGGGCUGCUGUUUACCAACAACAAAGGAAUGUCCGCAUGGCUGAACUCUGAAAAGAAGGUGAUGUCCCAGGAGAUGAAGAAGGAGACCCCGCUGCUGUUCAAGCUGAAGGUCAAGUUCUACCCGGAGGACGUGUCCGAGGAGCUGGUCCAGGACGUCACCCGCAGGCUCUUCUUCAUGCAGGUGAAGGAGGACAUCCUGGCGGAGGAGAUCUACUGCCCGCCGGAGUCGGCCGUGCUGCUCGCCUCCUACGCCGUCCAGGCGAAGUACGGCGAGUUCAACAAGGCCGUGCACAAGCCGGGUUACCUGUCCGCCGAGCGCCUGCUGACCAAGAAAGUGCUGCUGCAACACAAGCUGUCCAAGGAGCAGUGGGAGGAGCGGAUCCAGGUUUGGCACGAGGAGCACGGCUCGAUGCUGAAGGAAGAGGCCAUGAUCGAGUACCUGAAGAUCACUCAGGACCUGGAGAUGUACGGCGUCAACUACUUUGAGAUCAAGAACAAGAAGAACACAGACCUGUGGCUGGGAGUCGACGCUCUGGGGCUCAACAUCUACGAGAAGGAGGACAGGCUCACUCCGAAGAUCGGAUUCCCCUGGAGCGAAAUUAGAAACAUUUCCUUCAACGAUAAGAAAUUCGUCAUCAAGCCCAUAGACAAGAAAGCGCCCGAUUUCUUAUUCUACGCUCCGCGGCUGCAAGUCAACAAGCGCAUCCUCCAGCUGUGCAUGGGCAACCACGAGCUGUACAUGCGCCGCCGCAAGGCCGACAGCAUCGAGGUGCAGCAGAUGAAGGCCCAGGCCAAGGAGGAGAGGCUGCAGAAGAAGAUGGAGAAGGAGCAGCUGGAGAGCGAGAAGAAGAGGAGGGAGGCCAUCGAGAGGGAGAAGGAGCAGAUGGAGAGAGAGAAGCAGGAUCUGAUGGUGCAGCUGCAAGAGUUCGAAGAGACGACCAAGAGAGCGGAGAGAGAGCUCAACGAGCAGCUGGACCGGGCCAUGAGGCUGGAGGAGGAGAGGAGGAGGGUGGAGCAGGAGGCGGCCCGGCUGGAGGCCGAGAGGAUGGAGGCCAUAAUAGCCAAGGAGGAGCUGGCCCGGCAGGCCGAGGACCAGAUGAAGAGCCAGGAGCUGCUGACUUCAGAGCUGGCUGAGUACAGCGCCAAGAUCGCUCUGCUGGAGGAGGCCAAGCGAGUCAAGGAGGAGGAGGCCGAGUCAUGGCAGUGCAAGGUCAUGGAAGUUGAGGAGAACCUGCUGAAGACGAAGGAGGAGCUGCAGCUUGUGAUGACCAGCGCUAAACCUGCACCCGUACCCGAACCCGAACCCGAAGCCGAAGCCGAACCCGAACCUGCUCCUCCUGCUUCCCCCCCCCCCUCCUCCUCCUCCUCCUCCUCGGACAGCGAGAGUGACCACGAGCAGAGUGAGGAGAACAGCACCUACAGUGCCGAGCUGCAGACGCAGGACAUCAACGACCACCACGAGGAGGAGGAGCGGCUCACCGAGGCCGAGAAGAACGAGCGCCUGCGGAAAAAGCUCUCGGCCCUGAGCUCCGAGCUGUCGGAGGCCCGGGACGACGACAAGAAGACGCCGAACGACCUGCUCCACGCCGAGAACGUGCGGGUCGGCCGCGACAAGUACAAGACCCUGCGUCAGAUCCGCAUGGGCAACACCAAGCAGAGGAUUGACGAGUUCGAGGCCUUGUAGGAGAAAAGCAAACAACCCAGGAUCUCCCUGAAGAUACCUCAGUUCUCCCGUCUCCCAUCCUCUGUUCAUUGCAAGUGUGACAGUAAUCGCAGCCACACCUGCUCUUAAAAGAACCCAGAAAAAAAGUACCGGAGUUGAUAUUUGUGACAGCGCCUCCGCGGGUUUUUAUCAGUUUUAACUUUUGCUUGAACGCACUGUUUGUUUGUUGGUUUGUUUGUGUCUUUCUUUUUCUCUGUAGCCCUCAAACAUCUCCAAUGUGCCGCGUAGUUAAAUUAGGACCACUAAGUGUGUGUUCAUCAUUUUGAGAAAAAAAAACGUUGCAUAAAGCUGCCGUUUACUGCAAUUUGGCCACUGCAGUUUUUGUUAUUGAUUCACUUCAAUGUUGCGUGUGGUAAACGUCCCAUAUUUCAAGUCACGCCGCAACUCGUAAUUUUUUUUUUUUAUCAACUGAACUAUUGACUGUUUUUUUUUUGUUUUAUUUGAUUAAUCGUUUUUAUAUAUGAAAUGUCAGAAAGAGUCCAGGGCUCAUGUCAUUUGCCCUAAAACCUUAAACAGAAUACAUUUUUAAUAUCAUAAGAGCAUGUAAACCUUUUCAAGUACUAACCCCAAAUUAAAAUGAUCAACCUGA